UGGUCUGGCGUGUACUGCGGCUUAUGCGCGGGACUCCAGCGGAAUGCGGGGCGGGGACCUGGAGGAUGGCUGGCGGUGGAGGAGGGGUCGUUUUUGGUGAUCCCCACCAUUACUGAUCACGACUACGGGAUGUGGGGCGGUGCCGAGUCCCUAUGGAUAUUGGAGGCAGCCCUCCUUUGGACUUCGAAAUUAGACGUUCCUGAUUUCCCCUUCUCUGGAAUGAAUACGGGCCUUGCUGGAGAUGGACAGCCGAAUUCCUUACGAUGACUACCCCGUGGUUUUCCUGCCUGCCUAUGAGAAUCCCCCAGCAUGGAUUCCGCCUCAUGAGAGGGUGUAUCACCCAGACUACAACAAUGAGUUGACCCAGUUUCUGCCCCGAAUUGUCACACUGAAGAAGCCCCCUGGAGCUCAGUUGGGAUUUAAUAUCCGAGGAGGAAAGGCCUCCCAGCUAGGAAUCUUUAUCUCCAAGGUUAUUCCCGACUCGGAUGCACAUCGGGCAGGACUUCAGGAAGGGGACCAAGUCCUAGCUGUGAAUGAUGUGGACUUCCAAGACAUUGAACACAGCAAGGCCGUUGAGAUCCUAAAGACAGCCCGUGAGAUCAGCAUGCGUGUCCGCUUCUUUCCCUACAAUUAUCAUCGUCAGAAAGAGAGGACUGUACACUAGAGAGUUGCAGCCCAUAGUGCUCCACAUGGAAUGUUCUAGGACAAGCUGGUUAGGCCUCAGGGAAGCCUCUUUGGAAACUCUACUCUCAGCCCCACCCUGGCAGAGUGGAGUGGGGAGGCUGGGGACACAGUGAGGCCCCACCACCAAGCCAUCUAGCCAACUGCAUUACCCAGACUCUUCUGUACUUCUUGUUCCCUCAUUCUGUAGGUGGGCUUCAUUCUCUGAAAUGGGAAGAAUGGAGAUCUCUAGAUAUAGCCUGUGGAGAGCCCAGCUAGAAAAGGCAACUGACAUUUAUUGGGGACCACGUGCUAGACAGCUGCACAUGUCACACCGUGUUCACUAGAGACUAGAAAUCAAU